CUGGCAAUUGUUGUCUUUAAGGCGGUAUCUAUCAUGGAAGAAUAUGACCCCGACCUAGUCCCGACUCAAGAAUUCAAGAUCCUACACAAUCUCGUCACGGACCCAGAUGCAUCGGCAGCAGACGCAGUACAACAAGUCCUUGACCUGACCACAACAGAAAUCCUAUCCAAAAAUGACACACCCGGAAGCAACUUCGACAGCGAUGUUGCUUGGAAUAUUUGUGUCUUGAUUAUUGAUAUCGCCGCAAACACUGCACCAACGCGGCAGACUAAGCUUCUUGAUUUCGUCUCACAGAUUCGAAAAGUCACCGUGGCCGACCCGAGGACGGGGGAGAAGGUUGGAUGUGGGAAUUUCGGUUAUCUUUGGACAGAUUUGCAUUCUUUUGGGAUGCAUGCUGCUGACAUGUGUAAUUCCUUUAUCCAUCAUCAUUCCCACACGCCAAAGGAUCUAGAAAAGUGGGAGAACAGCACUGCCUUUAUUGCACAAAGCACGGCUGCUGCUGCUAUCACUCGCAAUGGCAAACCCACACACAGGAUGGAUUUCUCAAUCUAUGGACUGUAUGCAUGCCGUGAUGCUUUUGAGGAAGAAAAUCAGUAUAAAUCUGCUGUGCGAACGGCAUGUUUGUGGUUCAUAUAUGCUGCAGGAUCGAUGUUGGAAAAUUGCAAAAUUGGACGGGUUUACGAUCUCCAUGAUCCCCCGGAAAGGGGGUUUGAUUUGGAUAGAUGGCAUGCUUGGAAACAGGGCUUAGUCCGCACUCAAGCUGGCUAUGGAGAUGAGAGGACACAGGAGCUUGUUAGAAUUGCCCUGGAGCGGAUUGCUCAGGUUGAAGCAGAGAGAUUGAACUGAAUACUAUCAGCUAUUGUGUCGCAAAUUGACCAAGGAUAUACAACCUUUAUACAGGAAUCAACUUUACGCUGGCCAGUCUGUUCUUGGCUAGGAAUAGUCCUACAGACUCUCAUCUGCUCACCUUUUGCAUCCAAACAUCUUGCCCUUCACGCGUCCACGACGCUCCAUGAAACCUCUCACCAAAAUGGAAGACAACCUCGGCCGUAGAGCGUCGAACUGAUGAUGCAAGCACUAAACCAUCAAAGACAGACCUCCCCUCCCCUAAUUGCACAACAG